AUGGAAUUCGAAACACGAUCUCGCUGGAUGGGUGACUGGUGCAGUGCAAGAACAAGAAGCAGCUGGAAGGAGAAGAUCAAAUCUGAAUACAGUGAAGGAAAGAUGCAACGCAAACUUAUCAGGAUCGGCCAUUCCAUGGGUUCAGCAGGCCUAUGGGCUACGGAAGUAGCGAAUCCUGGCACCUUUGGAGGUCUCAUUCUAUUUGAACCUGUUCUUGCUCAACAUUCGACGGAGACAGACUUUAUCAUUGACUUUAUGGUCGUUCUUACGCUCCAAAGAGACGCAUCAUGGUCUUCUCGUGCUGCAGUUGAAGAGUAA